AGGUAGGUCGCCACUCACUACUCUCAAGCGCUCGUCUUGGACUUGAUACCCUGUUGAGGAGUGUACAGAAGUGCUCUUGCAGGGCCACGGCCAUGUUUGCUAAUCACCUGGCAGCACUCGCAAGGCGCACAACCGCUGUGGCAGGUCCACCUAGACGGUACUUGACCUCCAGCGUGCCUGUUUGCCAAUGGUCGACCUACGCACCCAUCCCGCGAUCUGCUGCUCGAUGCCUGGCUAGAUCAACACGACGACGACCACUUGUACGAGCGAAUUCGACUGCAUCUGACAGCUCAGAAGCGCCAAAGCGCCCACUAUGGCGCCAACCUCCAUUCAUCUUCCUCGUCCUCUCCCUGACCGGUGUCACGCUCUACCACACGAACAAGCCUUUCCGCCACACGCUGCUAGCGGUGCAGCGGUGCAGCAUCUUUGGGAUCGCCGUGGCCGCAUCUAUAAUAGACUACAAGAUCACGCUCAACUCUUCCUACUACACCCCUGAGGAGAUGUUCGACGCGUACUCGCGCUGUCACAAGCGGAGCGCGCUGCGUGUCCUCCAAGCGCUCAAGACCAACGGUGGCAUAUACAUCAAAAUGGGACAACAUGUGUCUUCUAUUCGACUGCUCCCGACAGAAUGGACGAGCACGAUGCGUCCUCUGCAAGACCAGUGUCCAAGCACGCCUAUGAAGCAGGUACGCGCGCUCUUCCUAGAAGACACGGGAAAGACGCUUGAAGAGCUCUUCUCGAGCUUUGACGAGGAGCCGGUCGGGGUAGCGAGCUUGGCCCAGGUGCAUAUGGCUGUGGACAGAGAAACGGGAAGGAAGGUUGCGGUUAAGAUACAGCAUCCGCAUCUAGAGGAGUUUGCGCAGGUCGACAUCAAAACGACCAUGUUUGCGAUCGAAUGGGUCAAGGCCCUCUUCCCUAACUUCGAGUUUUCCUGGCUUGGCGAAGAGAUGCAAGAGAAUCUGCCGUUGGAGAUGGACUUCUCCCACGAAGCGAGCAACGCUCUCCGUGCCAUCCGGGAUUUCUCCACAGAAACCAAGACAAGCCUCUACAUCCCCGACAUGCUCUGGGCCAACCGGCGCUCGAUGGUGAUGGAGUACAUCGAGGGUGCCCGGGUGGACGACCUCGCCUUUCUCGCCAAGCAUAGGAUAAACAGGAACAGGGUUGCCCAAGAGCUGUCGAGGAUCUUUAGCGAGAUGGUAUACUUGAAAGGGUUCUUUCAUGCGGAUCCUCAUCCAGGGAAUCUGUUGAUUCGUCCGGCAAGGAAAGGGAGCAAGAGCCCGUACAACUUUGAGAUCGUGCUUCUGGAUCACGGCCUGUAUUUUGACCUUGACGACGAGUUGCGGGUGAAUUAUGCACGACUGUGGUUGACGCUGAUCACGCCGAAUUCGAAGGAGACGCGAUUAGACCGGAGGAAGUACGCGAAGAUAGUGUGCAACGUGGGAGAUGACAUGUAUCCGCUAUUCGAGAGCAUCAUCACCGGCCGUGCAGGUCUAGCUGGCUCGUGGGACGAGGAGGAGGAUGAGGCGGAGAAGAAGCGCAAGAAAAAGCGGCCGGGGAGCGUGAUGGACUUCCUGCCAGCGUCGGAAGAGGAGAUGGAGCGCAUGCGCCGGGCGAUCAUCUCUCGAGAGGGGUUGAUCGCGGACUUGUUCCGCUUGUUGAGGUACAUGCCUAGUAGGCGGCUGCUUAUGAUUCUCAAGCUGAACGACCUCACACGCAAUCUCGACCAAGCGCUCUGUACAACACACGGUGACACACGCAUCUUCGUCAUCGUUGCGCGCUACUGCGGGCUCUCAGUCUGGCAAGCGGAUGUCAAUGCCUUCCGCCAACGGUGGGCGGAGCAGGGAUGCUCCUUCUCCCUCGUCCGUUCACUCGUCAAGAGCUGGGCAAAGUAUCACGCAGUCUGGAACGGGCUGUGGCUUGUAGAGGUCGCUAUGGACUGCAGGGCUAAGGCAGUGCAGGUGUUUGUAUGGGUGACGAACCUAAGUCGUGGGCUGGACAGUGCGUGCCAGGCCGCGGCGGGUGUAAUGACAUAG